UACCACUUCCUUGAUCAUAUGUUUCUUUGUCUUCUUUAGAUUCCAAUGUUCUUUUGUUUGUUGGGAAAUGCAGGCGGAUGUUGAUAAUAGUGGCACAAUUGAUUAUGGGGAGUUCAUAGCUGCAACGUUGCAUCUUAACAAAAUUGAGAGGGAAGAUCAUCUUUUUGCCGCCUUUUCAUAUUUUGACAAAGACGGCAGUGGUUACAUCACCCAAGAUGAGCUUCAACAAGCUUGCGAGGAGUUUGGAAUAGAGAAUGUCUGCUUGGAAGAUAUGAUCCAAGAAGUCGACCAAAACAAUGAUGGCUGCAUAGAUUACAACGAGUUUGUGGCGAUGAUGCAAAAGGGAAAUGUUGAUUUGGGUAAGAAGCGUUUACAGAACGGUUUUAGCCCUGGAUUUAGGGAGGCACUACCAGUUUGCUGACAUAGUGAUAAGUUUUGUUUUUGUAAUUUUUUUUCUUUCAUGAUUUUGUAUACGUUUGCAUUAAAUUUGAGGAUCAUUAGCUUCUGAUAGCAAAUGUAAUUUCGUUUAGAACGUUGGAAACAUUGUAUUGGUCAAAGUUCUGUGGUAUAUAUAGCAAUUUCUCCAUUUUCAUGUUCAAA